AUAAAAACAAGGCAGUGGGCGUUCGGAGAGAACUUUUUUUUCUUCUGUUCUUGCAGGUUGUCUUUCUGCUGCUUUCUCUGCGGAAACUUUGCAAAAACAUGGUGCAACAAAUGUCCAAACCUGGAGCGAAGGAGACCCCUUUGCUGAAAGCUGGCCAUCCUCCUGCAGUUAAGGCUGGAGGAAAACGUGUGGCCAAGAAAUGCCUGGAAGAUGGUGCCACCCACGGGACUCCAGAGAGGGAGACGAAGAGGCCCGAUAAACUGAGGUCCUUUACCACAGCCAACAGGAUGCAGCAAGUUGGCAUACUCCUGGCAGGGACUCUUGACAAGCUGAGCCACGACUUCCCAGAGACGCCAGUGAGCGUGCGGCACAGCAAGGUGCGCCCUGCGGUGGAGAAGCCUCACUCCGCCCCCCGGAGCUUUUUCAUCCAGCAGCCCAGGAAGUGUUGAACGUGUCCAGGAGGGCCCCGGAGAGGAACCGUGUAAAGUCAGCAGCUGUGAAACAUCUGAGUGUUGGGCGCGUGAGGGGGGGGACUGUUGUGACGGGUUGUCUGUGAGGUGUUGAUGGGAGUGUGAAAGCUUUGGUCGAGCUCUGUUUGCGUAGGACGAAAAUGGGCCGCGCUUGUUGUGAGAAUACUAUAAACCAGCGUCUUCCACAGCGUUUGCUGAGAAAUGCUGUAGUGGUAUUUACCAGCCGACAGGGAAAACAAAUGGCGCCUGUAUGUUUGAAGUGAAGGUUGUGAGUGAGGUUUGUAAGAGUGCUUCUUAUUGUCCUUUCUUUUCUGUUUCUUUUUUGAAUCUUCACUGUGUAUUGCUUGGCAGUUACAUAAGAUUUAUUAAAAAGAAUUGCAUGGCA